AUGUCCUACGUUGCAGCCAUGAUGACUUUUCUGGGGCUGGUCACAGGCAUAUUUAUGGUCACCUCCCUGGCUGAGAAGAUGACUGGAAGUUUAUCUGAGCAAGGCACUGUUGUCCCGGCUGAAAUUCGGCCAUGUGUAGACUGCCAUGCGUUUGAGUUCAUGGAGCGAGCUUUGCAGGACAUCAACACAGCAGCUCACAAUUUGGACUCUCAGGUAUUUGCUUCACCACUAAUAAUACUAAACAGUGCUCAAUGA